GGGGCGGGAAAGAGGCCGCAGUCCCUGGCUCUCAGCUGGGGCUGCUCGGCUCGCGGCUGGCUAGAGGGAGUAGUUUCGGAGACCGGCGUUCGCGGACCUAGAGAGCUGAGAGGGCCGGAGUGGCGUGCGGAGCUGGCAGCGCCUCCCAGGUCGUCGGCCUCCGCGAUGUCUGCCCAGUGCUGCGCGAGCCAGUUGGCUUGCUGCUGUGGAUCUGCCGGCUGCUCCCUCUGCUGUGACUGUUGCCCUAAGGUCCGGCAGUCGCGGACCACCCGCUUCAUGUAUGCACUCUACUUCAUCUUGGUUGUCUUCCUCUGCUGCAUGAUGAUGUCACCCACCGUGGCUAAGCACGUGAAGGAGCAGAUCCCUUUCUUUGAAGACUUUUGUAAAGGCAUUAAAGCUGGUGAUGCCUGUGAGAAUCUGUUGGGCUAUUCUGCGGUGUACAGAGUUUGCUUCGGAAUGGCUUGUUUUUUCUUUGUAUUUUGCCUGUUAACCUUGAAAAUCAACAAUAGCAAAGGCUGUCGGGCCCACAUUCACAACGGCUUUUGGUUCUUUAAACUUCUGUUGUUGGGGGCCAUGUGUUCAGGAGCUUUCUUCAUUCCGGAUCAAGAGACUUUUCUAAACGCCUGGCGCUCUGUGGGAGCUGUGGGGGGCUUCCUCUUUAUCUGUAUCCAGCUCCUCCUGAUUGUGGAGUUUGCACAUAAAUGGAACAAGAACUGGACUGCAGGCACUACCAGUAACAAGCUGUGGUCUGCCUCCCUAUCCCUGGUGACGCUCAUCAUGUACUCUGUUGCCGUUGGAGGCUUGAUUUUGAUGGCAGUAUUUUACACACAGAAGGAUGGCUGCAUGGACAACAAAAUUCUGCUUGGAGUGCAUGGAGGCCUGUGCCUGCUCAUUUCAUUGGCAGCCAUCUCACCCUGUGUCCAGAACCGUCAGCCGCACUCUGGGUUGCUGCAGUCAGGACUCAUAAGCUGCUAUGUCACGUACCUCACUUUCUCAGCGCUGGCCAGUAAACCUGCAGAAGUAGUUCUAGAUGAGCAUGGGAAAAAUGUUACCAUCUGUGUACCUGACUUUGGUCAAGACCUGUACAGAGAUGAAAACUUGGUGACUGGGCUGGGCACUGCCCUCUUGAUUGCAUGCAUCUUGUAUUCAUGUUUGACAUCAACAACCAGAUCAAGUUCAGAUGCUCUGCAGGGGCGAUAUGCAGCUCCAGAACUGGAAGUAGCCCGGUGUUGUUUUUGCUUCGGUUCAGAUGGAGAGGAUACUGAAGAGCAGCAGAAUGUCAAAGAAGGGCCCCGGGUCAUUUAUGAUGAGAAGAAAAGCACUGUCUACAGCUACGCCUAUUUCCACUUCGUCUUCUUACUGGCUUCCCUCUACGUGAUGAUGACCGUGACCAACUGGUUCCACUAUGAAAGUGCCACUAUUGAGACUUUCUUCAGCGGGAGCUGGUCCAUCUUCUGGGUCAAGAUGGUUUCCUGCUGGAUGUGCGUGCUGCUAUACCUGUGGACGCUGGUGGCUCCCCUCUGCUGUCCCUCCAGGCAGUUCUCAGUGUGAGGAUGUCCACAUGCCCUUUGGCUCAGCAGGCCUGCACCCCACGCUUUGAACAUGUGCACUGGGGCUUUGAGCUGCAGCUGGUGCCCUGUGAGAAGCUGACAGCCCCUGGCUGUCUGUAAGUGGGUCUGACAAAGCUUUCAGGAAUCAAAGACAAAAUCUGAUUAACUUCUUAAUUCUAAAAUCUAAAAGGAAACUACCAGUUUGACCUAAAGGAAUUGGAAUCUUCAACCAAGCUGAUGGGGUGAUACGUGCAUUUUUAUGUUCCGUCUUAUCCCCAGAGAUUAGCUAGUAGUUCUGUUGCUCUUUUCCUUGGAUCAGAGCUUGGGUGCCCCAGCAUCUUCAGCAGGGAUGAAAAUGACCUUGUGUAGCCUGUCAUUCUCAUCCUUGGUAUAAGAAACCACAGCAAAAAUAUUGAGGCCCCAGCCCUGGAGUGGGUCUUCACUUCUGUCACUCACUUUUGCCUCCUGGAGCCUGCCUGGUGCCUCCUCCCCAGAGGGUCUCCACUCAGCUCCCAGCUCCCUGGUAUUUGUAGGGUACAAGAGGAAGCGCCUCCUCUAAGUCCACCCUCAAAACUGCUUCCUCCCCCUCUCUGUGCCCCACCCCCCAGCCUUUUCCUUUGAGGUGGUGAUGCUGGGAAUCACAGCCUCUCUGCCCUUAGAAGAGGUCUUUUGGUCUUUCAUCCGUUUCUGGGUUCAGCAUCUUUGUAAUAAUGUGAAGAGCACAAUUUGCUCUCACCUCCACAGGGUCCCCCCACCAUGUUAUCACUGCCCAAGCUGAGUCCUUGUUUAUUUAUGGUGGUGUUCACAGGAUUCUAGAAUAAUUCUCAUGUUUUCUUUGCCUGGGCAUUGGAGGGCUAAAGUUCUUAAUUGUUUGUGCUAUUAAUAGUGAUGCUUUUAAGACCUUAGCAGCAAAGUUGCUUCUUGGCUGCAGCUUGCUGCCAGCCUCUUUUAAGUGAUAAGAUGAGCCUUCUGCUCCUCCUCCACCUUGAGGCCUUUGAAAUUUUAUAAACAGAAGAGCUUUUGCUUCCCCAUUGUGGUAUAUCCCCCACUGGUACAUGCUCAUGGUCUCCUCAGAGGAGAAGGACUAAGGUGAAGAUCCCAGGCAGCUUUCAACAGGGAUCAUUGGACAGAUCUGCUGAACAAGCUGUGGAAAUGAUGAGGUACACUUAGAAGCAAAGGUGGGUAGCUGAGGGCAUUUCAUUAAACUAUGGACAACAUCCUCAGGAAUUUUCAUACAGAUUCUUGGAAAGUAAUGCUCACAAGGUAUGCAUUUUCAGUGCUGUGCUCAGUCUGACGGGGGAGGUUUACAGUGCAAAGUCUGUUACAGACACUAGUGGAGCUGCCCUGCUAGUUACAUGCUCAGUAGAAAGAACCCUCUUGAUCUUCCAGGAGGUCUCGGACUGGACAUUUUUUCUGUGCGUGUCUGAACAAGUCAGGCAGAAUUGGGAUUUACCAAAGCCUGGUGCCCACAUGUCAAAGUGCUGGGAGAAUUAGUCAGAUUCUUCAUUUCUGCUCUUCUGCUGAAAAUAGGAGGUGGAAUGGAUACAGGGCUUCCAGGGGUGAAGAAUUUGCCUUAUUUACAGUGUUUGAGAUUCAGGCAGUUUUUUUUGUUGUUGUUUUGGUUUUCUUUUUAAGUUUUUGUUUUCUUUUUUGUGUGUGAUUCAGUCUUAAGAGGCAUUACUAUGUGCCUGUGUUGAUGCAAGAAUGCCUUGUUUGUAAACUUCACAUUUUUUUUUUGUAGUUCAGGAGUUCUUUGAACUGAGCAGUUCAAAGACACAUCAGAAUCACAAAAGGAAUAGUUACACACUAACUCUGAGAAAGUCUUAAAACCAGUAGGAAUGGGAGCCCAGUCAAGUGGAGCUGGUUCAGGACGUGGGGCACUGGGGGCCAGCUCCAUGGUAGAGGCUACUGCUGUGUCUGAGGAGGGCCUGGGGGCCAGCAGCAGAGAUCACCCUUAGGAAACACCACGAGAGGGGCAGAAACUCAGGUGGUAGUGGGUGCAGUGUUGUUUUCCUUCUGCUGUCCUUGAUCCGUCUUCUAAGCUGAGGCUAGCAGCCAGGUGUGGUGACUUUAGAACUGGCCCUCACACCCAGUUAAGGUCAGACUGACAAGGUUCCAUAUUCCUGGACUGGCCUUUGUAUCCCCCCUUUCCUUUCUAGAAAGCAGCUCAGGGAAACAGGACUGUGCCACCACGGCCCCUGUGGCUUCCUUCUUAGCCUGCCGGGCCCUGAUUAUUUUCUAACUGCCUAAGACUGGGCUUGUGGCAUGCCACUAUGGUAUUCUAAAGAUAGGUCUUGUGUCUUGUCUGGCACAAGAGGAAGAGUUUGGCCACUGAUUUUUCACUCUCAGCCUACAGUGUUAGAUGGAUGGAAAGCAAUUUUAAUGAUCAGCUAUAAGAAACACUACUCAGGUGAUAUGCCAACAUUGUGAUGUUGGAACUU